AUGCAGCUGUUAGCAGCCGUAGGAGCUGUUCUAGCCGUGAGACUUGUAGCUGGUCUGGCUGCCGUACAAGAAGCUGAGUGUGGCAUCUUCAACAGUUUGAGAAUAGUUGGCGGUUCCAGCAGCUCAGAGUGUGAGUACCCCUGGAUGGUGCUGCUGUACGACAGGUCUCACAACACCACAUGUGGUGGCGCCAUCAUCGACCACAUCCACAUCCUCACAGCAGCACACUGUGUGGCCUUCAGUGAUGACAGGACUCAUCAGCUGACCUUGACCUCACCAUCUGACCUGACCGUCCACAGCGGAACUUCCGUCAUGAACAUGGACACUGGUCUUGCUGGCUCUGUCACGCGAUUGGUCGCCUCAGUGGUCACUCACCACGGCUACAGCCCCAUGGCUAUAGAUAAUGACAUCGCCCUGGUGACCUUGACACGCCCCAUUGAAUUUGAUUGGUGCCACAAACCCGUGUGUCUUGUGGACGGUUCUAAAACUCCACAGAUGGCAUCAGACUGCCGGGUUGUUGGCUGGGGGCGAAACUCCAGUUCAGGACCGAGACAAAACAUCCUGAAGUGGGUUGACAUCCCUGUCGUGUCUGAUGAUGGUGACUCGGGUGGACCGCUGGUGUGCCAGGAGUUUGAUGGACGUUUCUACUCGUACGGUAUCGUGUCCAGUGGGCCUGUAGAGUGCGGCACGUCGUAUGGUCUCUACACCAAAGUCUCGCGAUACAUUGCGUGGAUUGAGGAAAACCAGCGAAAGUGGACUAACGGCCAACCAUAG